UCUAUGGGGGCGGGCCCUGGCCUCAGUGGGAGGAGCCUGGCCAUCCCCUCCCCGGCUUAAUAGGCCACUGGAAGCUCCUUUGUGGGCAGGCGGCAGUAGCCAGCUGCCCCGGCCAGACUCAGUCUGAGAGAUGCUGGCCAUGAACAAGGAAAGGGGAAUGGCCUCCCGCCUGACCCACAGCAUGGACCUGAGGUCGAUGACGCAGUCGCUGGUGGUGCUCUCGGAGGACAACGCCGCCUACUUCGCCAGCCAGGGCCCCGGGGACACGGCCCGCCGCCUCAGGACCGUCUUCGUGGGCAUCCGCGAGCAGGCGCUGGGGCUGGAGCCGGCCCUGGGCCAGCUGCUGGGCGUGGCCCACCUCUUCGACCUAGACGCGGAGACUCCGGCCAACGGCUACCGCAGCCUGGUCCACACCGCCCGCUGCUGCCUGGCCCACCUGCUCCACAAGGCCCGCUAUGUGGCCUCCAGCCGCAAGAGCAUCUUCUUCCGUGCCGGACACAACCUGGCCGAGCUGGAGGCCUACCUGGCGGCCCUGACCCAGCUGCGGGCCCUGGCCUACUACGCCCAGCGCCUGCUGGCCGCCAACCAGCCUGGCGGCCUCUUCUUCGAGGGUGACGGGGGGCUCAGCGCCGACUUCCUCAGAGAGUACGGCACCCUCCACAAGGGCUGCUUCUACGGUCGAUGCCUGGGCUUCCAGUUCACUCCAGCCAUCCGGCCCUUUCUCCAGACCAUCUCCAUCGGGCUGGUCUCCUUCGGGGAGCACUAUAAACGCAAUGAGUCCGGGAUCGGUGUGGCUGCCAGCUCCCUCUUCACGGGCGGCCGCUUUGCUAUUGACCCCGAGCUGCGAGGGGCUGAGUUUGAACGGAUCACACAGAAUUUGGAUGUGCAUUUCUGGAAGGCCUUCUGGAACGUAACGGAAAUCGAGGUCCUGUCUGUGAGUACAGCCCAGCUGGGGAAGCUUUGAGAAUUUGGCUGAGGAGGGUGGGGGACUCUCCACUAAGCGACUCUGUGGACAUUGGCGUUUUGCCUUUAUCUGCCUCUGUUUCUCCAUCUGUAAUAUGAAAACUAAACUAGAGGAUUGAGCUCUUGCUUCUAAGGCUCCUCCCCUCUGAUACUCCCUGUUCUCAGGCUCCUCCCCUCUGAUAUUUCCUGUUCUUAGGCUCCUCCCCCUCCGAGAUUCCUUGUUCUCAGGCUCCUCCCCCUCUGGUAUUCCCUGUUCAAAAGCUCCUCCCCCUCUGAGAUUCACUGUUCUCAGGCUCCUGCUCUGACAGGCCCUGUACCCGGGCUCUUCCCCCUAUGGUAUUCCAUUGUAAGGCUCCGCCCCCUCUGAUACUCCCUGUUCUCAGGCUCCUCCCCUCUGAU